AUGGAUACUUUACCACAGCAGGGUCAGAGGUCGAGAGGCGGCCCACUACCACCCCACGGUCGGAGAGGUGGUAGGGGGGGCGGAGACUGGGGCCCGCGCGGCCCCCCAGAGGAGGGGCACCACCAGUCACCGCAGCGGCCACAGCGCGGGCAAGAGGACCACCACCGUCAGCAGCCACAACACCAGCAGCAGCAGCACCAACAGGCUUUGCAGCCGCUGUCGCAGCAGCCACCGCAGCAGCAGCCUCAGGGUCCGGCACAAGGACAGGGAGUGUCGGGCCCACAGCAGCAAGAUGGGGGCCAGCAAGCACAGCAACAACCACCCCAGGCCAGCAGCCGACCACUGAAGGGCGUGCCCAGCGUCGUUCCGGACUUCGUCAUCCCCAACAACAAGGAGUCACCCACCGCGCCCGUGUCGGGAUCCAAGUUCCCGGAAGCGCCAAAUCUCAUGCAGAAAUUCAGCGAGAUGACAGGCGGCGCAGACGACAUCAUCUCCAAGGGCAAGGAGCUCAUCUUCAUGAAGUUUGGCCUCGGAAAAUAGCACGCUUCUUCAGGCUCGGCCUACGCAACAAGUACCGUCGAACUGAUCCCAGAGUGCGUGUUGCACGAGAUGGUGACACUUCUGGUGCGGUGGUAGAUGAAAAUGUGAAUUAACAAAAUUUGAAGGAAUUUGUUGUUUUGCUGCAGUUCCAUAAACAUAGAGUUAACGUGGUGGACCACUGAGCCUCGUGGGCUCUGUUUUCAUGUGACAUUUGCAAUGGAAGCCUUUCCAACCUGCAGUAUUGUGAAUCAUUCAAAAGAAGUAUAUGUAAAAGAUUCUGUACACAUUGACUUCUGCAUUUAAUGUGGAGUAUAAUACUUUGGUGUUUCUGAAAACUGAUGUGGUGGCUGUAUAAACGAUAGGACUUGUAGUGCUUGUCCCUCCCUCCUACAUCUGGACUAAGCAAAGGUAUCCAACAGUGGCCCUCUUAACUUUUUCUGUCAUCUGGACUUCCAUGGACCGCUUCAAUGAGAGAAACCUGGAAGUUUUUUUAGGACAUUAGAAUGGAGUGUCUUUCUUUUUUUCUUCACAACAUUUAAUCAAAGUGUCUACAAAAUAUUGGUAAAACUCAUUUCUA